AUCGCCACCGCCACCGCCACUGCACUCCGGCGACCCGCGAAGAUGCAGAUCUUCGUCAAGACGCCGUCGGGGAAGAUGAUCACGCUCGAGGUCGAGGGCGGCCACGACAUCGCCGGCGUCAAGGCCAGGAUCCACGACAAGGAAGAUGUGCCGCCGGAUCAGCAGCGCCUCAUCUUCGCAGGGAAGCAGCUGGAAGAAGGCCACACGCUGGCGGACUACAACAUCCAGAAGGAGUCCACGCUUCACCUCGUGCUCCGCCUCCACGGCGGCAGGGGCGGCACCGGCAAGGGGGGGACCUACCCCAAGAUCGAGCCCAACCUCCUUCAGCUCGCCCUCAAGUACAGGCAGCUUAAGCUCGUCUGCCGCAAGUGCUAUGCACGCCUUCCCGUCAGGUCUGCCAACUGCCGCAAGAAGAAAUGUGGCCACUGCAACGAGUGCCUGGGUGAUCCGAUGAAGCCCCUCUACAAAGGCGGCAUCAUCCAGAACGGCGAGUUCAACAACGGCCUGAUGGGGUGGUCGACGCGCCGGGACAUCAAGGCCGGCAUCAGAAAGUCGGCCUCCGGCAACAAGUUCGCCGUGGUGCAGGGCGCGAGGAGCCUCCCGUCGGGCACCGGCGGCGCGGCCGCCUCGCCGUCCCACAGCGUCUACCAGAAAAUCCAGAUGAAGGGCGACACUCACUACUCGCUAUCAGCAUGGCUGCGGGUGUCGGCCGGCACGGCCCACGUGCACGCGGUGGUCAAGGCCCCCAACGGCGAGAACAUCACCGCCGGCGGCAUCGACGCCCAGUCCGGCUGCUGGACCAUGCUCAAGGGUGGCAUGACUGCGCGCGCCUAUCACUACGGACAAGGAGAGGUCUUCUUCGAGAGCGACGCUCAGGUGGACAUCUGGGUGGACAGCGUCUCCCUGCAGCCCUUCUCUUUCGAGGAAUGGGACGCCCAUGCUCGCCAGUCCGCCAACAAGGCCCGCCGGAGCGCGGUCAAGAUCGUCGCCAGGGGCCCCGACGGCCAACCGAUGGCGAACGCCAACGUGAGCAUCCAGCUCCUCCGCGCCGGGUUCCCGUUCGGCAACGCGAUGACCAAGGAGAUCCUCAGCAACCCGGCCUAUGAGAAGUGGUUCUUCUCGCGCUUCAAUGUGGCGACCAUGGAGAACGAGAUGAAGUGGUACGGCACGGAGUGGGCCCAGAACCAGGAAGACUACCGCACCCCGGACGCCAUGAUGGCGCUGGCCCAGAAGUACGGCGUCAAGGUGCGCGGGCACAACGUGUUCUGGGAUGACCAGAACUCACAGCUCAAGUGGGUGACGCCCAUGAACCUGAACCAGCUCAAGGCGGCGAUGCAGAAGCGGCUCAAGAACGUGGUGUCGCGCUACGCCGGGAGGCUCAUCCACUGGGACGUGGUGAACGAGAACGUGCACUUCAACUUCUUCGAGACCAAGCUCGGCCCCAACGCGUCGCCCUUGAUCUACCAGCAGGUCGGCCAGAUCGACCACACCGCCAUCCUCUUCAUGAACGAGUUCAACACGCUGUCGCAGCCCAUGGACCCCAACUGCACUCCCACCAAGUACAUGGCCAAGAUGAAGCUCAUCCAGGGCUACCCCGCUAUACAUAGUCUAACACCCGGCAACGCCGGCCUCAAGCUCGGCGUCGGGCUCGAGAGCCACUUCACCACGCCCAACCUCCCCUACGUCAGGGGCGCCCUCGACACGCUCGCGCAGCUCAAGCUGCCCAUGUGGAUGACCGAGGUCGACGUCGUCAAGGGCCCCAACCAGGUCAAGUUCCUGGAGCAGAUACUCAGGGAAGGCUACGCCCACCCCGGCGUGCAGGGCAUCGUCAUGUGGGCCGCGUGGCACCCCUUCGGAUGCUACGUCAUGUGCCUCACCGACAACAGCUUCAAGAACCUCCCCGUCGGCGACCUUGUCGACAAGCUCAUCGCCGAGUGGAAGACGCACAAGACGUCCGCCGCCACCGACGCGAAUGGAAUGCUCGAGCUCGACCUCGCCCAUGGUGAUUACAAGUUAACGGUGAACCACCCUUCGCAGACGACGGCCGUCUCCCACACCAUGACGGUGGAUGCGGGGUCAGCAGCCUCCGAGCACAUCAUCACCGUGAAGGCGUAG